CCCAGUAAGCUCAUCCGUGGCUGUCAGCGGAGUCCUAAUCCGAUCACUGGAAGCAGAUAAAUGCUGGGGCCACUGCCCUGCUGAGCCAGGUCCAGCCACACUGGGACCUGUGGCUCUGAGACCCAGCGGCACUUGCGUGCGUGGGGAACGUAAGCCCGGCUUGAGGCUGUCCAGAAGCCCAGGGUCACCGCCCGAUCUGCCGGCCUCACCAUGAACCUGGAGCCCCCGAAGGUGGAGAUCCGGUCAGCCACCAGGGUGAUAGGGGGACCAGUCACCCCCAGGAAGGGGCCACCCAAAUUUAAGCAGCGGCAAACCAGGCAGUUCAAGAGCAAGCCCCCCAAGAAGGGUGUGCAAGGGUUUGGGGAUGACAUCCCUGGAAUGGAAGGUCUGGGCACAGACAUUACGGUCAUCUGCCCGUGGGAGGCCUUCAACCACCUGGAGCUGCAUGAGCUGGCCCAGUACGGCAUCAUCUAGCCGGACCCCUGCCUGGAGCCCUGCCCCUCCCUGCUGCCCGCUGUGAGCCCACUCAGAGUCUCUGCCGAGGAGCCCCCAGACCAGUCACAGCUGGCCUCCAGAUGUGAAGACCUGAGGCCCUGGGUGCCACUAUUAGGAAGCCUACCAGCUGCCCGCCAGGAUACCCUUCUGACCCUGUAGAGACACUGGCCCAGCCCCGCAGGUCUGCAGGGCGGGAGGCGGACCCAGCCGCAGAUCUUGCCCUCCUCAUGGGCCCCCCCUUGAGUCCACGCAUGCACUGGAGCACAGGACGGGUCCCGUGUCCCCCCGGGAGUGUCCCUCCCGCCCCAGCUCCUGCUUGGCUCUCUGCGGGUGAGGAGCUCCCCUCCCCGCAGCCCUUCCGGCUGGGGGUACUGGGAGGUCAUGGGCUGUGCCCGGAGUCCUGGAAGCCCCUCAUUCCCACCAAUCACACUGGCCUUCCCAACAGGGUCCACCCUUGUUUUUCCUGCUUGAGAAUAAA